AUGUAUGGAAUUCACAUUUAUCCAAUAUCAAUUCUUAAAAGUUGCAGUAGUAGCAGCAGUAGCAGCAGUAGUAGUAGCAGUAGUAGUAGCAGUAAUAGCAGUAGUAGCAGUAGCAGUAGUAGUAGCAGUAGUAGUAACACUAGUAGCAGCAGUAGCAACAACAGUAGUAGAAGCAGUAGUAGCAGUAGUAGUAGCAGUAGUAGCAGCAGUAGUAGCAGCAGCAGUAGUAGUAGAAGUAGUAGCAGUAGCAAUAGCAGUAUUAGCAGCAGAAGUAGUAGCAGUAGCAGCAAUAGUAGUAGUAGCAGCAACAACAACAGCAACAACAACAACAGCAGCAGCAUCAAUAGUAGCACCACCAACAACAGUAGCAGUAGUAGUAGCAGCAACAACAACAACAGCAGCAGCAGUAGUAGCAGUAAUAGCAGUUUAUAUGAGAAUGGACACUUAGGCGUAAAACAGAAACAAAAUGGACAAAAUGAGCUGAAGUUGCAAAGGUGUGCAUCGUCAAGCACACUUGGUGAUCUACCAAAUAGAAAAGUUCCGCCUUCUGUUACAGAAAGUGAGCCCUGA